CGUUCAAGAGAAAGAGUGAGAGAGAAAGAGAGAUGUCAGGACCAUUAUUAAGGCCUCAGUUUGUUAUGUUCGGUUCUUCCAUUGUUCAGUAUGGUCUUUAUGAUGAAGGUUGGAUGGCUGAUCUUUCUCACUUGUAUGCUCGCAAGGUUGAUAUAGUUUUGCGAGGAUAUGCUGGUUGGAAUUCAAGGCGUGCUCUGCAGGUUCUGGAUAAAAUCUUUCCUAAGGAUGCCCCUGUACAACCUUCAUUGGUUAUUGCCUACUUUGGUGGUAAUGAUUCUUCUACUCCCCACUCAUCAGGCCUAGGUCCUCAUGUGCCUCUCCAAGAAUACAUUGAAAAUUUGAGGAAGAUUGUUAACCAUCUCAAGAGCCUCUCAGAGAACACUCGCAUUCUACUUCUCAGUGCUCCUCCCAUCAAUGAUGCAACAAUUACCCCAAACAGUGAUGGGAAGCCAUCAAGGACAAAUGAAGCUUGUCGAAUAUAUUCAGAGGCAUGUUUGGAUGUGUGCCGCGAGAUGAAUGUCAAGGCCAUUGAUCUGUGGUCUGCUAUUAAGAAAAGAGAUAAUUGGCAAGAUGUCUGCUUCAUUGAUGGAAUUCACCUGUCAUCCGAGGGAAGCAAGAUAGUGUUGAAAGAGAUACUGAAGGUCCUCAAAGAUGCAGAAUGGGAACCAAGUCUAUAUUGGAAAUCAAUGCCAAGUGAGUUUGAUGAAGAUUCACCAUAUGAUCCAAUUGCACCUGAUGGAAAGUCAACUAUUAAUAUUUCCAACUGGGCCUUCCCUGGCAAUGACAAAUGGGAGUAGACUACUUUAUUAUGUGCAUUAAAAACUAUAUAGGCUUGCCCCCAAUUCAUUGAAUUCUUUGUAACAGUCUCAAAAUAGAAGUCUUGUGCCUGAAGAUAUGUGGUGCUUAUAGUUUCUGUAUGUUCAAUCAUAAAUGGGGAUUCAAUUCUCCAUGGUUUCUCAGCAUAAGAGUAACUUUUGAUUUAGUUUUACAUUUGUUCUUUGAUGUCUUAUAUAUGGUUUUAUCUCUUCAUUCUAA